CCUGAUGCUUCACUGCGUCCUUUACGCAAAGACUUACCUGGACUCAUUCUUCACGUGAAUUGCUUUAAAGGAAAAUGGAUGCAUUUGCGUUAAAAGUUUUUAUUUUAAUUGUUAAUCGUUGCAUACUUGUUGCAUAGUACAAUGUUACAUGUCUCCAGUGUGCGCUAACUCAAAUAAUGGUUUGUAUAUAAAUCACGCCUUGGACUUUGUUCACCGGCUAGCGUCAAGAAGCUUAACGUCAAGAAGCUUAACUUUUUCCUGUUUUUGCCUCCAAAUGCCUGCCCUUCUCGCUGCCAUGGAGUCGUUUGGGUCUUCAGUCACCGAAUCCACCGACAGCAUCACCAUCAAACCGCACGAUCCUUUCUCUGGUCCACUGAAGACUGUUGCGCCCUGGAAUUACACUUUCCUCGCGUCUCUGAUGUUCAUAGUGACUUCGCUCUCUCUGACAGAAAACUUUACCGUGAUGCUCGUUACUUUCAGAUACAAACAGCUGAGAAAGCCUUUGAAUUAUAUCAUCGUCAAUUUAUCCGUCGCUGACUUUCUAAUGUCACUUAUAGGAGGCACCAUAAGUUUUUUAACGAAUUCACGAGGGUACUUCUUUCUAGGCGUCUGGGCGUGUGUGCUGGAGGGAUUUGCCGUCACUUUUUUUGGAAUUGUGGCUCUGUGGUCUUUAGCAAUCCUGGCAUUCGAACGUUACUUCGUGAUCUGUCGGCCUCUGAAAGACGUCCGUUUGGGAGGCAAACAUGCUGCUGUGGGUCUUAUUUUUGUAUGGACCUUCUCCUUCAUAUGGACUUUUCCACCAGUUGUCGGCUGGAACAGUUAUACAGUCAGCAAAAUCGGAACCACGUGUGAACCCAACUGGUACUCGACUGACUACUAUGACCACACCUAUAUCAUUACCUUUUUCACCACCUGUUUUAUUAUUCCUCUUGGCGUGAUCAUUAUCUCAUAUGGAAAACUUAUGCAGAAGCUCAAAAAGGUAUCGAACACACAUGGAAGGCUGGGUAACGCACGUAAGCCUGACCGUGAGGUGGCACGGAUGGUCAUAGUGAUGAUAAUAGCCUUCAUGGUUGGAUGGACACCUUAUGCAGCAUUCUCAAUUAUUGUCACAGCCUAUCCCACAAUCCACAUUGAUCCUCGCAUGGGCUCUAUUCCAGCCUUCUUUUCAAAGACAGCAGCUGUUUAUAAUCCCGUCAUCUAUGUGUUCAUGAACAAACAGUUCAGGAAGUGUCUGAUGCAGAUGUUUAAGGGAAAUGGCACCAAUCUGGACUCCACUAAUUUAAAUCAGACAUCAGAUAAAGGGGCCAUCACUGCAACAGUUGAUACUCACCUUGUCGAGAUGUCCACCAUUGCUGCUCGGGUUCCCAUGUCCUUAUGCAAUUUGGAAAAGAGUGAGGAUGAUGAGGAAGUGGAGAAGCCAGAUCAAAGUGGGAAUGGAGGUCCAAAGCAGCUGCCUAUAUCUGAAAAUAGAGUUUGUCCUUUGUAGACCUGACUAUACCAGUACCAUUCCAACCUGUUGUCUUAUAGACCCUUUUACAGCCCACGUGAUCAAAUACCCUGCGCGCACAUUUUGGCAAUGGAAGUGGUGUUGUUUCCCAGUUAUUCUUGAUCUGCUAACGUCUAUCCACUCCACUAUAGUACACGGAUGUGGUAGCUGUGUUGAAAACGUUGAUAAAGUUAACUUUUUAAAAUAGCUUUCUUUGUCUGUGUUGCUUCACCGCAGAUUCUUGCCGUACUUCCAUUGCCAAUAUGCGCGUGCAUAAGCUGCCAUGCCAUCAUUCUGAAAAAACAGUAAAAUGGUCUAAAGAGUACUAUUGUUUCCUCUUAGAGUGUGUCUGGUUUGUGUUUUCAUAUAUUGUCUAUUAAUGUAUACUGUUAUGUUGUGACGAUGUGCAAUCAGUCUUGGUGUAUGUAUGUGCUUGUCAGUAUGUAAAUCUUGUAAACAUGCAAUACAUUGCUGUGCUGUCUUUGGAGAGCGAGUUUUAGUGCGAGCUGACUGCGCACUGUUAUUUCAGUCCAGUAAACAAUUUACAGAAAUGAAAAGUAAAUAAUGUAAAUGCAAGCAUUUGAUUAAAAAACCACGUAAAAUAACAUAUCGUGUGUCUAUAUGUCACAUUACACUGUUUUUGUAAUGCCAUAACAAUACAUUUUUGGUGACUUGAGCAGAACUGUUACUGCUUAUUUACAUAAAUUUAACCAAUUUCAUUAUCAGUUAUGAUUUUGCCUGCUGUGUAAUCUUUACUUGUGUGUUUAUAUGUAGACAUGGGUGCAUAUACUUGUGUGUUUAUAUGUAGACAUGGGUGCAUAUAUGUUUAAGUUACAUGUGAAGUUUUACUGGGUCAAAUGUUUGGUGUUUGCUCAUGUAUCUUCUGUCCAAAGUUGAUAAUAAUGUUUAUCUGUGGCAUGCCAACAAAUGUUUUACUGUAUUUAUCAAGAUUUUUA